CUCACCACCACACACACCCUCCCACUUGAUACCUACUGCGCUAUGUUGACGAACACGAGAGCCUUUGACAACACCCAUAUCACAGCUCUCACUGAUCUAAUCAACAACGCCGUCAACGAUGUUAUCAUCGAAUACGCUGCAGUCGGACACGCCGUACCAUCUCUCGACACACUCGAACCAGGUCCUUUCCAGCACCUCAAAGACACACCUGGGCGAAUGACUAGAGCUAUUCAGAUCAUCGAAGCAGCCUGUGCACAACUUUGCUCUAGCAUUGCUCCUCCGGGCUCCAUCAUGAUCAAUAAAUCAUUGGAGCACAAUGAACCUGCCUGCUUGCUUGUUGUAACUGAGGCUAAAAUUGCAGACUUUUUACUCGACAAACCAGGAGGGCUACCAGCAUCAGAAUUAGCCUCAUACACAGGCCUUGAUGCAAUGAAAUUAACACGUAUCUUGCGCUUUCUGGCAACAAACCACUGUUUCAAAGAAGUCACUCCUGGGGUUUUUGCCAAUAAUCGACUGAGUAUGAAACUUUUAUCAUCAGACCCAGUGUCAUCUCUUGUGUGCAUGUUCUCAGAUGAAUGUCUUAAAAGUUCUGCAUACCUUAAUGAAACCCUGACUGAUCCUUCCGAGAUGGAUGAAGGGAUUGCAUUCAGGCGUGCUACGGGAUAUUCUUUCUUUGAAUAUCACCAAAUGCCACAAGGGCUCAGGAAAGGCAAUCGCUUUGCAAAAGGCAUGCCUGGCUAUAAUGAUGUUAGUGGAAAAAGUCUCAUGGUUAAAGCCUAUCCAUGGACAUCUCAGCCGCCAGACAUCACAAUAUGCGAUGUUGGAGGAGGCUAUGGGGAUAUUAUUCUGGAUCUUAUGAAGGCACAUCCUCAUUUUAAACUGGUGCUUCAAGAUCAACCACAAAUCAUUGACAUGGCUCGCAAGUUCUGGGAAGAAGAAUAUCCAGAAGCAAUACAGAUUCGGGUACAGCUUGUUCCUUUUGAUUUUUUCAAGGAUACUGCUGUUCAAGGAUGUGAUUUCUACUAUCUUUGUUCUGUCCUACAUGAUUGGCCUGAUACGGGAUGUGUACUCAUCCUGAAGAAUGUACGAAAGGCUAUGAAACCAGGCAGCCGAGUUAUCAUCCAUGACACCGUUCUCCGCAAGGCUGUCCGCAUUCCGAAUCAAUCUGAACCCAAAAUUCCAUUGGAUGGGGACACUGCUACUCAACAAAGUCUUCAGCUUGACGUAGCACCUGAGCCACUCCUACCAAACUAUGGUGUGGGCUGCAUCAGAAAAUAUAAAGUUGAUAUCACAAUGUUGGCAUUGAUGGAUGCUAAGGCACGGACACUAUCAGAAUAUAUUGAACUAGGUGACAAGAGCAGCCUCCGAUUCGAGAAGUUGUAUAAAGCUGGAGAAACAGAUAUGAUGGAAUUUACUCCAGUCUGAGCGGUGCAAGCUUUGCGAGCCACCGUGGCGUAGGCACGGGUUCUAACGCUUGUCACGAUUAUUUCUUCUCGCCUCCACUUGAUUACUCCAUAAAUAAUUUACGUAAAUUUGCUUUUAUUUAGCUUUUCUCAAAA